AGAGAGAAACGAGAGAGAAGUUGAGUUUGGAGGUGCAGAGAGAGAGAGACAGACAGACAGAGAGAGGGAGAGAGAGCGUAGCGCACCGCAACGACUCAGUCAAACACUCUGUAACACUUUAUUUCAAUUCAUACUUUCUCCGAUCGCAUCGCUCGCCACCGCCAUGCCUUCCCGAAGAAGAACUCUCCUGAAGGUCAUCAUUCUCGGUGACAGUGGGGUGGGGAAGACGUCUUUGAUGAACCAAUAUGUGAAUAAGAAGUUUAGUAAUCAGUACAAGGCAACCAUUGGAGCGGAUUUUUUGACAAAAGAAGUGCAAUUCGAAGAUAGGCUUUUCACCUUACAGAUUUGGGAUACAGCUGGCCAAGAAAGAUUCCAAAGCCUUGGAGUUGCUUUCUAUCGAGGUGCUGAUUGUUGUGUUCUUGUAUAUGAUGUUAAUUCAAUGAAAUCAUUUGACAACCUUAACAACUGGAGGGAGGAAUUUCUGAUUCAAGCAAGUCCUUCCGAUCCCGAGAAUUUUCCUUUUGUUGUCAUAGGAAACAAAAUAGAUAUUGAUGGUGGGAACAGCAGAGUGGUGUCAGAAAAGAAGGCUCGGGCUUGGUGUGCAUCAAAAGGAAAUAUUCCAUAUUUUGAGACAUCUGCCAAAGAAGGCAUUAAUGUUGAAGAAGCAUUCCAAUGCAUAGCAAAGAAUGCCCUGAAAAGUGGAGAAGAAGAAGAAUUAUACCUGCCAGACACAAUUGAUGUUGGAAACAGCAGUCAGCCACGGGCAACAGGGUGCGAGUGCUGAAUAUAUAGGUUUUCUUUUCAAAACAAAUAAAGUACAUUACUUCAAAAUGAUUUCACUGUGUUUAGCCAUUGCUGUCUAUGAAGAGGCGUCAUUGUACAUUAGUGUUUGCUCAAGAAACAAAUUUAUCCAAUGCUAUAUUUGGUACUUGUUUGGUAUGUUAUAAUUGAUCAUAUUAGUUGUUCUACAUGUAUGCUAUUCCGAUAUUGUAAAAGAAAACUGCGUAAGAUCUUUUUGAAGUUAUGUAUUGCAUUGCUCAUUGUUCGUACUCAA